CGUCCGCCUCGGCCCGCCACCUCCUCCCCGCAGCCACCCGCGCGAGUGCGGCCAGAGGGCAGAUUUGAUAAUGGGCUGCAUUAAAAGUAAAGAAAACAAAAGUCCAGCCAUUAAAUAUACACCGGAAAACCCUCCAGAGCCUGUAAGCACAAGUGCAAGUCAGUAUGGAACGGAACAUACUACAGUUACCCCGACCUCUUCCACAAAGGGAUCAUUGGUCAAUUUUAACAGUCUUUCCAUGACACCAUUUGGAGGGUCCUCUGGAGUAACUCCUUUUGGAGGAGCAUCUUCCUCAUUUUCAGUGGUGCCAAGUUCAUAUCCUACAGGUUUAACAGGUGGUGUCACUAUAUUUGUGGCCUUAUAUGAUUAUGAAGCUAGAACUACAGAAGACCUUUCCUUUAAGAAGGGUGAAAGAUUUCAAAUAAUUAACAAUACGGAAGGAGACUGGUGGGAAGCAAGAUCAAUUGCUACCGGAAAGAAUGGUUAUAUCCCUAGCAAUUAUGUGGCACCUGCAGAUUCCAUUCAGGCAGAAGAAUGGUAUUUUGGCAAAAUGGGUAGAAAAGAUGCCGAAAGAUUACUUCUGAAUCCUGGGAAUCAGCGAGGUAUAUUCUUAGUAAGGGAAAGUGAAACCACUAAAGGUGCUUAUUCCCUCUCAAUUCGUGAUUGGGAUGAGGUAAGAGGUGACAAUGUGAAGCAUUACAAAAUCAGGAAACUUGACAAUGGUGGAUACUACAUCACAACCAGAGCUCAGUUUGAUACUCUGCAGAAACUGGUGAAGCACUACACAGAACAUGCUGAUGGUUUAUGUCACAAGUUAACAACUGUGUGUCCAACUGUGAAACCACAGACUCAAGGUCUAGCAAAAGACGCUUGGGAAAUCCCUCGAGAAUCUUUGCGACUAGAGGUUAAACUAGGUCAAGGAUGCUUUGGUGAAGUGUGGAUGGGAACAUGGAAUGGAACCACAAAAGUAGCAAUCAAAACACUAAAGCCAGGUACAAUGAUGCCAGAAGCUUUCCUUCAAGAAGCUCAGAUAAUGAAAAAAUUAAGACAUGAUAAACUUGUUCCGCUAUAUGCAGUUGUUUCUGAAGAGCCAAUUUAUAUUGUCACUGAGUUUAUGUCAAAAGGGAGCUUGUUAGAUUUCCUUAAAGAAGGAGAUGGAAAAUAUUUGAAGCUUCCACAGCUGGUUGAUAUGGCUGCUCAGAUUGCUGAUGGUAUGGCAUAUAUUGAAAGAAUGAACUAUAUUCAUCGAGAUCUCCGAGCUGCUAAUAUUCUUGUAGGAGAAAAUCUUGUAUGCAAAAUAGCAGAUUUUGGCUUAGCAAGAUUAAUUGAAGACAAUGAAUACACAGCAAGACAAGGUGCAAAAUUUCCAAUCAAGUGGACGGCUCCUGAGGCUGCACUAUAUGGUCGGUUUACGAUAAAGUCAGAUGUGUGGUCAUUUGGAAUUCUACAGACAGAACUGGUAACAAAGGGGAGAGUGCCAUACCCAGGUAUGGUAAAUCGGGAAGUUCUGGAACAAGUAGAGCGAGGGUACCGGAUGCCUUGCCCUCAGGGCUGCCCAGAGUCCCUCCAUGAAUUGAUGAAUCUUUGUUGGAAGAAGGACCCUGAUGAGAGACCAACAUUUGAAUAUAUUCAGUCUUUCUUGGAAGACUACUUCACUGCUACAGAACCACAGUACCAACCAGGAGAAAAUUUAUAAUCCAAGUAGCCUGUGUGCACAGAUCUGCCAAAACAUAAAGACCUCGUGUGAGUUCCGAAUGCACAGGAAUGAGAAGAUACUCUUCACUCUGCGUGAUUCUUAUGGUAAACUGGAAUUCCAGAUAUGGUUGCACAAAACCACUUUUUUUCCCAAGUGUUAAACUCUAAAGUACCAAUGAUCCAUCUUACAACUUGCUUCAGGGUCCAAAGAAAGUCAAGCUAAGAUAUUGUGACUGUGUGGGUGAUAGCAUGGUAAGAAAGAGCAACAAGACUACUGUUUACUAAUCGCUUACUUUUCUUCCAAAAUUCAGAAUGGCUAAGGGAAAACUAUUUAUUGAUGUGGACAAAACUUGGACUGUUAUACCACAGUAAAAUCUAAA